AUGCUCAUUGGACCCUACUUUCCCAAGGAAACCCUUUCCGUCGCCGAGCUCCUCCGGUUCAAGGUUCCAUCCCUCCAAACAAAUCUACACUCAUGUGCAUGUCUCAGCUAUCACCCACCCUCCAUCAGAGAUAUAAUCGAGAGUGAUCUCCGCAACACACACUGGCCUUCCUACCCCGCAAUUAAUAAUCUAAUUUCUGAAUAUGAGUCCAACUUUGACAACCCACCUUGUUCGGUUAAAUUUGGCACAUGUUACAUCCCUAUCAAAAUCCUCCAAAUUUGGGAAACCCUCUUUCGUGUUCAGAACCUGCAGAAGGUGUGGAAGGAAUCAGAGGUGCAAGUCAGGAAGCUGGCAAACCGUUACCCUGCUCAGCGUGUUGCUAUCCUAGCAGCUCAGAAACAGCUCCUAUCAUCCAAGUGGAACACCAAAAUCCUUGGAUUUUCAAAAUCAACUUCUGGCUGUAUUGGAGGGCUGACGCGUUACCUCUCUUUCUCCUGCCUUGUCACUACAGAUAUUUCGUACCAUAUUGAACUUCUGAAACAUGCCCUAGAGGUUGCAGAUAUAAGCGCUAGGCUUUUGAGCCCUCUGGACAUUCAGUACUUGACUGGGUGUGCAAUGCAAUCAGACGGGAAUGGGCCAGAAAGAUAUCGACAAAGUCUCACCUGCAAAAUGCUCCACCAGUUUGGUGCUGAGCUCGCAUCUGGAUCUGUACAUCAAUUUGGAGGGAUUAUCCAUGUCAAUAAUCACUGGAUCGCAUUCUCCAUUUCCCCCCUAGAAUCAACCAUUUACCUCGGUGAUUCCUUUCACAAGCCAAUGGGAGAUGAUGGGCAAUCGGUUGCAGUGAAGGAAGUAAUCAGGGUUCUUCGAUGGUGGCUUGACAUAUCCAGUCCAGAGCCAAGCCAGUCUGCGUCUCUGUUUCAGAUUCGAUGGCUACCAAUUGCGUACCAAAAUGAUUUUGUAUCAUGCGGCUUCUUCGCUCUUGAUGCACUCAUGCAUCACCUUAUCCCAAACAAGUAUCCACUUCACACCGGUGAAGAUGCAGCAAUACUGCGUGUCAAAUUUCUGACAUCCAUCCUUGACCGUCACAGUGCACAGGCAGCACCGACACAAACAGCGACAAUGGCCGCUACACUUGUGGCAACACCGGUAACAGCAUCAGUCCAAGUUGCGAUGAUGCCGGAAUCACCGGUGCUGCCUGCAAUCCUCAUGACCACCCCAGCCACAGUGGACAACCUGGUUGGUUCAAAUACCCGAGAGCUGGAGGGAAGAAAAUCAAAGGUAGACCUCACCAUCCAGGAGGGGAAUGACAAGCACGGGCUGCUCCAAUUCUUCAGCCAUGUGAGUCACGAAGAAUUUGAGCAACAAACGAUGAUCGAAUUUGAAAGACUUGCUGAGAGACGCAAAGGAGUGCAGAUGGCAGCAGACCUAGCAGCAAGGAGAAAGGUGGAGAGAAGUCGAGCAUUGGCUCGGGAACGUCAGCAGCGUCGCUGA